AAAGGAUGAAAAAAAAUGUAUUUUUAAUUUUUUACCUUGCUGGUAUUUCACAGGAAAUUGAUCCUAGAUUAUCUAAAAAAAUAAUAGAUUAUGCCAAUGAAGUAAAAAGUAUACACGAAAUGAAACGCCUACUAAAAAUCUUUGUUAAAAAUGACAUGUUUGAUAAAACAUCUAUGCCUGAUUUAAGAAAUAGGCGAUUUUUCCCUACCAACAACAUUAUUCGAUCGCAUAUGGUACAAGCACGAAAGAAAUUACAACUUGCUUUUAUUGACCAGGAAUGCCUUCUUGUUAAAAUAAAAACAUGGCAAAACGAGGAUCCAUCAGUAAAUAUUUUUUUUCGACCUAAAAACAACUACACAUUAAAUAACAUAGCAGACAAAAUACAUAAAAAUGAAGACAUUAAUGAAGAAGAAGAUGAUUUGAAGUUUACUGAAAAUGAUUCAGAAAAAUCACUAUUAUUUGUUUACCAAUCAGAAUGGCAAUGCAAACUUGUGCGUCGAUAUGGUAAUGAUAUAAAAUAAUUUAGAUGCAACCUAUAAAACCACCAGAUAUAUUUUACCAAUUUUUUUUAUAGUAGUCAAAACAAAUGUUGACUACCAAAUAGUUGGAUGCUUUAUUACAGAAAAUGAAACGAAAAGAGCAAUCUAUGAGGCAUUGCAUGUUUUUAAAAAAAUGAAUCCAAACCUUUCUCCUAAAUUUUGCAUGACAGAUUACUGUAAUGAGGAAAUUGAUGCAUUGGAAGAAACUUUUCCUGAUUGUAAAGUUUUGGUCUGCGAUUUUCAUCGGGAACAGGCCUGGGAGCGUUGGUUGGUAAAAGUCUCAAAUGGUUGUGCUAAUCACAAAUCCAAUAUCCUGCUCAAACUGAGAAAAAUCGCUCAUUCAACAACUAUAAAUGCUAUGGAGUUAGCUGUAAUGGAUUUGAAACAAUCUGAUUUUUGGAAUAACGAAAACUUUUUAAAGUUAAGAAAGUAUAUAGAAACUUAUUGGUUACCUAUCAAAGAGCGUUGGGUUUGGGCAUACUGUCAAAACCGCCUACUUGUUAAUUUAAACACUAACAAUGGAGUGGAGAGGCAAAACAAAUCUUUUAAAUAUUUUUACCUCCAACGUUUUAAAAAUUAUUCAUUAACUGGAAUGCUAACAAUCUUAAUUGAAGAGUUUUUUAUAGAUAAAUAUCAAAGCUAUACUGAAAAGAACUUCAAAAUGGACUCGAGGUAUCGUCGAUACGCAAAAAUAAUACCAAAUUUUUUAAUAAAUAGGCCUCGUGCAUUGGUCAAGCAUUGCCUUCAGAAAAUCAGUUUAGCUGGAAGCAUUGAUUUAUCUAAAGUCACAAUGAUAAACCAUGGGGUUUUUUCCAUUAAAAAUAAUAAAGAAAACUACCAAAUUAAUUUUGGAAAUGAUAGAUCUAUGCCUAACUGCACAUGUCCUUCCUGGCGUUCAUCUUGCUUUCCCUGCAAGCAUUUUUUUGCCAUUUUUAGAAAGUUUCCACUCUGGCAAUGGGAUGCAUUGUCAGAACUCUAUCUUAAUUCACCAUUCUUAACAUUAGACCAUGAAGAAAAUACUUUACCUGAUAAAAUAAAUUGUUUUCAAAAUAAAGAAACUUUGUAUGCAACAAAUGAAUGUGACAUUAGUUUACCAAAUUCUAAAAAUCUAGACUUGUCUGAAGAAAUAAAUGCCAAAAAAAAUGUGUAAUAUUGAUUUAAAAAAAGAAAGUGUUUCUGCUGGGGACUGUAGGGAGCUCAUUGGUUUAAUUAAAAAUCAAUUGUAUGAGGUCAACAAAAGUACCAGUCUUUUUACAGAAGUAUAUAGCCUGUUACUGAAAGCGUCAAAGCUUCUACAAGAAAAUACUACCCACGAGAGUGGCAUACCUAUUAUCAGCAACAACAUGUUAAAAACUUUAAACUUUUAGACUUGCCAAAAAAGCGUAAAAAAAAAACAUAUUCUAAUCGCUGUGGAUUGGCUAAGGAUAAAAAAAUAGCUGAUGGCAAAAUAAAAAUGUUACAACAUUUACAUGCCAUGACGUCAAUGUGGAGGAGGAAGUAGUUAUUGAAGACAUGGAGCUAGAUGGCCUUACUUCAUUUACUUCUAAUGUACCUGAUGUGUAUGUACAGUCAGAAGGAGAAUUUGAGAAAAUGUUAGUAAUAAAAGACAACAUUAAAGAUUCCUCCUAUAUUUUAAAUUCUUGUUUUGAUAUUCCCAGACAUGACUUUGAAGCGAUUGGUAGCAAUGAAAAUGCUAACUGACAACAUCAUUAAUGCUGCACAAAAAAUGUUGCUACCUCAGUACCCUAAUGCUAAAGGUUUACAAGACCCCAUUCUUGGCCAAAACCUCAGUUUUAGCAUUCUAAAAGAUGAAGAGUUUGUUCAAGUGUUGCAUGAUGGGUGUGCUCAUUGGUUUGCGAUUAGCACAGUAAACUGUUUAUCAGGGCAUGUUUUUGUAAUGGAUAGUUAUUUUAGAGGUAAACUUAGCCAUGCCACAAUGAGACAAAUAUGUUCAAUAAUUCGUUGCCCAUUAAGUAAAAUUAAAGUUACAGUUUUACCAGUUCAACAACAGACAAAUGGUAUUGACUGUGGCAUCUAUGCAAUUGCUUUUGUACAAUACCUGUUACAUUUUAAGGACUAUCCCACAAAUGUGAAUUUUGAUCAAACAAAACUGAGAACCGAGCUGCUUAACUCUUUUAAAAACAACUAUUUAAGUUUGUUUUCAACCACAACAAACAAUGUCAGACGAAAUGUUGAAAAGGAGAUAUAUUUAGAUUUAUACUGCACUUGCAGAAUGAUUUGGGUCCCAUCAGAUAAA